CCCUUGGAUCGUUAAAAUCAUCACCACUGGGAAAUCUGACAAAUUCACAACAAUUUGCCCUCGGUGUUGCAUCAUCAGAAGGUAAAAUGAUAAGCCGAGCGAUAGAUGACGUUGAAGAUAUAGCACAUAAUACUGGAAACAGCAUAUUAUUUGCUAACGCAUUUGCACAACAAUGGGCUCAAGCGACAAUUGCCGGAUUUAGUAGUGGUGCAGUACAAGCAAAUGGGGAAGCAAAUGGGGAAGGAAAUGGAGAAGGGUAUGGUUAUGUACUUGAAGUGGUUAAGGAACAAACUUUUGCUCCACUUUCAGCUGUUUUGAUUUAUGCCAUUGUCAUCACAUUCCCAUUAUUCAUCUUUUCCUGUAUAUGUCUGUUUUCUCUAAAAAAUGAUACCAACUGGAUACUUGUUGAAUUCAUCUGUACACCACAGAGACUACUUUAUCAAGCUUUAUUUAGGGAACAUUAUAUGGAUGAUGCUUGUUCAAAAAGUUUAUCAGAUCAAGCAAUGAGAAUUAAAGAGGUUGAAUGUAAUAUUAAGCUGGAAAAAGGACAUUUUAAGUUGAC